UGUCGUGAAUCAUUACAGCGGUAUCAUUACAGUCCCAGCCACCAGAGUUGUGUAUCUUUCAUAUAUGGUGGAUGUGGAGGAAAUGCCAACAAUUUCGAAACUCGUGAGGAAUGUGAAGCUAGUUGUGUAAAAGACAUCUGUCAGAUGCCAAGAGAUCAUGGACCUUGUCGUGAAUCAUUACAGCGGUAUCAUUACAGUCCCAGCCACCAGAGUUGUGUAUCUUUCAUAUAUGGUGGAUGUGGUGGAAAUGCCAACAAUUUUGAAACUCGUGAAGAAUGUGAGGCUAGAUGUAGGGGGAGGAAAUCCUUACUACUCAACUGAAGAUCCUUACAUUGCUCUUCGCAACAAAGUGUGUAGCCAACUUAAAGAAAAAGGACCAUGUUCAGGAAACCUUCAUCGAUAUUACUUCAGUCCAACUUACCGACGGUGUCUUAAAUUCAUUUAUAGUGGUUGCGGAGGCAACAAUAACAAUUUCAAGACUCUUUCAGAGUGCGAGAGGUAUUGCGGAGAAAGCGUGAUCCGAUUUGACAAUUCAGGCAACCUGUUCGUCACAUAAGAAAAGAAAUGGUUCUACGUUUUUCUUGGCUGAAUGAUUGAUCAUAGAGUCGUUUAGUAAAAAAUGGUAGUAAAAU